AUGGAAACGUACAUAGUACAGGAUGUUCGCAAAGCUUUUGUAGUGGAGAACAUCUGGCCUGGCAUCCAAGCAAACUGCCUAUAUGAGGACCGCUACCUAAUGGGAACUGCCCUGGCCCGACCACAGAUAGCCAAGGGAUUGAUAGAAUGCGCAAAGCAAGAGAGCGCUCAAUACAUCUCCCAUGGUGCAACAGGAAAAGGUAAUGACCAGGUUCGACUUGAGUUGUCUUCCUAUGCCCUCCAUCCUGAUAUUGAGAUCAUUGCUCCAUGGAAGAUCCCGGAAUUCUACAACCGUUUCCUGGGUCGCAAUGACCUAUUUGAGUAUGCCAAGAAGAACGACAUUCCGCUGUCUAUCACCCCAAAGAAACCCUGGAGCAUGGAUGGCAAUUUAAUGCACAUCAGUUACGAGUCUGGUAUCCUUGAGAAUCCCAUGACAGAGGCUCCAGAUGACCUUUACCAGAUGACGGUUGACCCCAAAAAAGCUCCUGAUAUUGCAGAUAAGUUGGAGAUACAAUUUAAAAGAGGUGUUCCUGUUCGAGUGAAGAACCUGGCUGAUGGCACUGAGAAGACAGACCCAUUAGAGUUGUACUUAUACCUCAAUGAAGUAGGGGGAAGGCAUGGUGUCGGUCGAAUUGACAUUGUUGAGAAUCGCUUCAUUGGAAUGAAGAGUCGCGGGGUGUAUGAGUGCCCAGCAGGACAGAUUCUACUCAUAGCUCAUCUGGACAUUGAGAAUAUAACCAUGGACAAGGCAGUGCGUAGGAUCAAGCAGGGUCUCUCACUUCGAUUUGCAGAGCAAGUAUAUGAAGGUUUUUGGUAUAGUCCAGAAUGUGAGUUCACCCGCCAUUGCAUUGACAAGAGUCAGGAGAAUGUGGAUGGAACUGUGACUGUAGAGAUCUACAAAGGGAAUGUGUUCAUCAAGUCUCGUUGCUCAGCAUCCUCAUUGUACAAUGAAGAACUUGUCAGCAUGGUCAUGAAGGGUAACUACGAGCCAGAGGAUGCUCUUGGGUUCAUCAAGGUUAAUGCUGUAAGACUGAAGGAGUAUUGCCGUCUUCGCAGCUCCCAGGCUGAAAAAGGAGAUGCUUCUUAAAAUGUACUGUGUGAAUACAAACGAUAACAAUAUGUACACAGAGCACAUUGACCGGGAAGGAGAUCAGCAUUGCAUUAUUGUCUGAGGAAAAAGGUUGGAUCAGUUAUCAUUGCUGUAUUUAAAUCAACGUUGUUUUAUUUGCAUAAGGUGGCUUUUAUUGCAUUAAGGUGGCUUAAAUUGGUGUGUUUUUAAAUUUUAUUUUGAGAAUGUCUUUAAAUUUAACAUUUGUUGCACAGUGAUUGGGAAAGAUUUUGUGGUUUGGGCCCUUUUAGAUUCUAGAUUGUAAGAAAUAUACAGUGUGCAUAAAGAAAAUGGAAACAAAAUAUAACGCAAAGUCAGCUGUAGAUAAUAUAGGUAUGGUUUGAAAUAUUCGCCUUUCGACUUUAAAAUGAGACAUUUAACAUGCAAAUCUGAUAAAUUUUGUCAGAGUAAUGAGUAAUUUUUCAAGAGAGGUCAAAUCAACCAUGGGACCAAGUUUUCAAUUUUAGGCAUUGGGAUAAAGGUAGCCUCUGUUUGGCGAUUAGCGAGUAAACACAAUUCUAAAACCCUUUUUUUUUUGCUGUUCACCUCGCUCUAAAAAAAAAUUAAAAAUUAGCAUGUAAACCUGUAGGCCAAGGCAAAGUAGGCCAACUUUGUCCCGAUGCCUACAGUUAAAAACCCGGUCCCAUUUGAUCUCCCUUGGAAAAUUACUCAUAAACUCUGUCACAAAUUAGCAGAUUUCAACAUAUGAUGUCUCAUUUUAAUGUGGAAAGGCGUACCUUUCAAACCAUACAUGUUUAUUAUGUUGGCUACACAUUCUACGUCUGGCAUUCCAUUUUUGUGUGCAUUUUUUAUACACACUGUAUAUAAUCCUUAAAUAAUAAUUUCUGCAAUUCUGGUAACCAGCGUAGCUGAACUAACGAAUUAGUGCAACUGAGCGCGCGUUCGCUGAGGUUUGUGUAGAAAUAUAGCAAUUUCAAAUUUCGAUUUUUCUGGAUGAAACUUAAAAAUAGCAAGGGAAAAGCGGUCUUAAUUGAGGGGCUUGCAUGCAAGUUUCUUGCCCAGUCAGAACAUUGGCAUUCAGUGCGUUUGAUUACUUCCCCCGCGCUUACUCGUGCAAGCUCGACAGCGUUCGAUUUACCUAUCACGUGACUUCCUGCGCUUACUCGAGCCUGGCCCAAGUUAUCGACUCGCCCAACCGGUUACUUGGGUAAGUAUCCCAUAAGGCCACGCAACGUCCGGCUGGCGCCUCUCAGGCCGUGUCCGAAACGGGCUUCCACGGAGCAUAGAGCCAAAAAGCCCCUUGGAGCUCUAAGCACGGAGCCUACAGUUACGAAUUAUUAUCAGCGCGUCUUCGCGUAUUUUCACCGGGCGUGGACGUGCUCUAGAUAGUUAAUUGAUUCAGAUGCAGCCUGUGCCAUGGCAAAAUGUCUGUCAUCAUGCAAGGAGCCAGGCGCGAGUAAGCUGGGGGAAGUAAUCGAACGCACUCCUUAUAUUAGUAAUAUCUCUGUUUAAACUUAAAACUAAUUUCAUUAGAGGAGGGAGUUGACAACUGUACGAAGGGCGCCAUUUCUGUCGCGUCUGGCUGAGUAUUUCUGUUGGGUGUACAUGACCAUUGACUGAUGUGUUCUGCAGAAAUACCUCGGGUAGGCAAGAAUAUGCACAAAGUAAUCCAUUAAAAGUUAAAUAUGGGGAAAGUGAAUCUUGCACACAUCAGGAGGCAUCCCUUCUGAUGCAUGGAACUGUAGGCUUGACGUGUACACUCACGGUUGGAUCUACAAAUAUCCACGGUUUACCAAGAAUCAUGAUUGAACCGUCGAGAUUCGGGGAGGGAAUUGGCUUCCUAAAAAGAAAAACACUACAAUUUCAGGACGGAUUACCACGACUGGUCCUGAGGUUUCUCUACCAAUUCACCUCGGUUUGUCAAGAAUACGGACGGAUUGUUGAAGAAUGUCGACGGAAUUACUAAGAAUAAUGAUGUUAACGACGUGGUCGUCUGCGAGUGGGCCACGCCUGACCAAGGUUCUCCUCUGAAUAAAGCACCAAAUUCGUACAUAUUCUUGGAGAUUCGUAUCUCAUUCGUGGUAGAAAUCUUUACAAAUUCGCUACAAAUGUCCCACGGAUAUGCCCGGACAAGGUUUUGUGUUGAAACAAGUUUGGAACAGUUUUAAACUUCCGUAGCCCCUCCACGAAUAACCAAGGAAGAUGACGGAUAACCAUAAGUAACUAAAAAGGAUGAAUUACGGUACUCCCACGGGUUUAUCACGAAUUCUAAACCGUGGAUAUCCGUAGCUUCAAACCGUGAAUUUGUGACUGGUGCCUUAGGUUUGCAGUAGUCAAUUUGCAGUAGUAUGACAUGUAUGUUGUAGUGUUCGUUAUCUGUUCUGAAGUGUUUUAUUGCAAAGCUAUUGUGUAUGUGUUUCAAUAUUUCAAUAAUAAACUACAGCCUAGCAUA